UUUUUUUUUUUUUUAAUCAUUUGUUUCUCUCUCUCUCUCUCUCCCUCUUUUAUUUUUUUUAUUAAAUCAUGCCAUCCUCCAUUCUCACUUGUACAAAUACAAUUCAAUUAUCGGAAUUUGUAGCUCAUUUGGUCCCAAAGAUAUGGACUGGAACACCAUUUAUGACAACGGAUCGUUUAAAUCUCUUUAGAACAUUUUGUCAGAAUAUCAUCAAGGCGACACAGAUAUCAAGCUCAUGUAUCCUUGUCGCCUUAUUUUACAUUUAUAGAUUACGAUUCGCCUAUCCAUCCAUACGAGGCUCUAUGGGAUCAGAAGUCAGACUCUUCACUACGGCCCUUAUCCUAGCCAACAAGUUUUUAGACGACAAUACCUUUACGAACAAGACAUGGUCUGAAGUAUCAAGUGUCCCCUUGCACGAGUUAAACAUUAUGGAAAUGGAAUUUUUAUCAGCCUUGCAAUACCGAACUUGUGUUCAUCACGUCCAGUUCUUUUCAUGGACUUCUCAAUGUCAACAUUGGAUGUCACAACUCACGGCAAGAGCCCUUUUUAUUUCAACACCACCCUCCAGAAGAAUGAAUAAAAGAUCCGCUGAUCAUUUCAUGGUGGAUAAGACAAGUAAAAAAGCAUAUUACAGUCACUCUGUUCUCAGCUGGUCUUCCUCUAGUUACCAUCCAUCGGCAGCGUCGGCAGCGUCGGCGGUGGCUACAGUUGCUGCAGCAACCGCAAUGAAUGUAAAUUAUUCAAAUUUCAUUCCUAGGGUCUAAACCCAAUAAUAGAUAUAUUAUUAUUAUUAUAUAUAUAUAUACCCUAUAUACACCUUAUAUAUACCUGAAUCACCUGAACACCCAAACACCUGAAUACCUGUAUAAACUUAUUUUCCUCUCUCUCUCUCUCUCUCUCUUUUUUUUUUUUGUUGUUGUUGUUGUACCCUUAAUUCUCCUCAUUUUGAUACAGGUUAAAAUCAAAAUAAAUAAAU